AUGGAGCCGAUGACGCUUGCAUCUUUGGCAUCACCGUGGUCUGAAAACAGCAGUGCGUCCCUUCCUUCUGCUCCGUCAGAGUCUCCGGUCUCUGUAGAAUGGGAGCUGGUCCACGCCAUCAUCCCUCCGUACAUCUUCACGCUAUCCCUGCUGGGCCUCCUCUUCAACAGCUUCGUCCUGGCCGUGUUCUUCGCCCACAAGGAUCGUCUGACUGUUGCGGAGAUCUACCUGAGUAACCUGGCACUGGCUGACUUGGUCCUCCUCUGUGGUCUCCCCUUCUGGGCCAUGAACAUCCUCAAUGACUUCAACUGGCCGUACGGGGACGCAUUAUGCAAACUGGUCAACUCCAUCAUUAUCAUCAACUUCUACACCAGCAUCUACACGCUGGUCAUGAUAAGCGUUGACCGCUACUUGGCGCUGGUGAAGACCAUGACGGCCCGGUGGCUGAGGCGGACGCUCUACGCCAAGGUGAUCUGCUUCUUCCUGUGGAUAUUUGCGGUCUUACUGAGUACGCCAACAAUGGUUCAUAGGAAGGUAAAGUUCAUUGAGGAGUUUGAGACAAUGUCCUGUAUACUGGAUUACAGUCACAACAGCUCUUGGAAGCUGGCCCAUCAGAUCCUGAUGAACGUUGUGGGCUUUGUCCUCCCUCUUCUGGUCAUUGUUUUCAGUAGUGGGAACAUAAUCAAGGCUUUAGUACAGAGGGAGAGCAUUGCUUUUCAUGACACACAUGACACAAAGGCCACAGUGCUGGUGUAUGCUGUUACGCUGCUAUUUUUUCUGUGUUGGGGUCCCUUCCAGGUCUUCACCUUCCUGGACACACUCUGUGAUGUCCAGGUGUUGGAUGAGAAGCUGUGGUUCCACACUCUGGAUAUAGGACUGCAGGUUUCAGUGUAUCUGGCCUUUCUCAACAGCACCAUAAACCCUCUGCUGUAUGUCUUCUCAGGGCAGUACUUUAGAAGGAAGGUUAGCGCCAUCUACAGGAGGACUAGACACCAUCGCAGGGGAUCAGACAUGACCACAUUUCAACGAUCUGUUGUGUCCACUUACAUUAACAGAACGGAGCAAAUUAAGGCAGUAGUCAUUUUUAAUGCCAAGGAUCACAUGUGA